AUGGUACCACUGAUUAUUGCUGCUUCAGCGUGUUCACUUCACAAUGUUAUGUUACCAUCACAAAACUAUGGUACAAAGAAAGGCAUCAAAUGUGGCACUAACCUAGGACAAGGGUUUGGAAUGAAGCGUGCUUGUUGUGGUGGCUUACAAAUUAAGGCAAAUUCCCAAAAUUAUAAUAGCGAUGAUAAGUUUUCCAGAGUUCUUAGCACAUCUUCUAUUCGUCAAAACUUUGCUAUCAGAGCAUAUGAAGUUGAUGCUAAUGGAAUAGCAUCUAUUGAGACUUUGAUGAACUAUUUUCAGCACUCUAUAACUUAUCACUGUAAGACACUUGGGGUCCAUGAUGAUGUAGCUGGUUCUACGAAAGAAAUGAUCAAAAGGAACUUAGUAUGGGUGUAUAGUGAAAUGCAGGUUUCGACUUAUCGUUACCCUAAAUGGGCUGAUGUAGUGGAAGUGGAAACUUGGUUAUCUUCAGCAGGAAUGAAUGCUGUGCGCUUCAAUUGGAUUGUGCGAGAUUUCAAAACAAAUCAAAUGUUGAAUAGAGCCUCAAGUGUUUCUGUCUUGAUGAACAAAUUAACAAGAAGAUUAUCUAAAAUACCGGAAGAAGUCAGAAGAGAAUUUGAGUCCUAUCUUAUAAAUUCCAGAAUUAUUAUAAAAGGUGAUGACAAAAAAAUACCUAAACUUGAUGACACCACAGCAGAUUAUAUUUGUACUGGUUUAAAGCCAAGAUGGAGUGAUCUAGAUAUAAAUUUUCAUGUCAAUAAUGCGAAGUAUGUUAGUUGGAUUUUAGAGAGUAUUCCACAAUCAAUCUUGAUGAAUUAUGAGUUAUCUGCCAUGAGUUUGAAAUUCAAGAGGGAGUGUAAUAGAGACAGUAAGUUACAAUCUCUUGCUGAAGUUUGUAGUGACAAAAAUAAUAAUAAUAGUAAUAAUAAUAUUGAGUGGAAUCAUAUGCUUCGAUUUGAAGAUGGUGCUGAGAUUUUGAGGGAAAGGACACAGUGGAGACCUAAACCUACUAACAACUUUGAAAUUUUUAAUCAUGUUCCAGAAGCUUCCAUUAAAGACUUGUAA